GCCAUAUGAACGCCAGUGUAUGUAAUUACACAAUGAACACAAAAUCAGCAUCUGUCUGUCGCACAAUCAGAGCACGCACACAUCUAAACAUCUACAACCAAGCAGUCGCAGAAAAAGAAAAACCCGGACCUAUUCUAACCAAUCAGACGUCUCUAGUGAAAAAUACCAAUCUGAAAGACUAAGGGCAAAGAAAAAGUGGAAGUUCACCUUCUCUGGCGCACACUGAGGGAUUUCUUGCAUACCUCACGUUGCUGUACCAGGGAGUACAGCUACAGCGUCAUUUUGCAGCUGUUGGCGUUCAGACUCUUAUCAUUCAACCAGCAAAGGAGAAACAAACCGCGAGGAGCUAUCCUUGGUGCUGAACCACUCGAAACGGGGAAUUCAAGGAAAGAAUGCAUGUUCAGGAUAGCCACCACCCUUCAGUGCAAAGACGUUGAAGUGACUGGUCUGACUGACAAGAGAAAGCUCUGAGUACCUUUACUGCAUUUUGCUCUUCAGAUUUUUUUUUUGUGGUAUUUUUUAUUUUGUUUGUUUGUUUUGUUUACAAAAUGCUGCCCAACAACUCCUCUAGACACCUGAAUUUAGAGGACGGAUUUUAUUCGUUGAAUACCUCUGGAAAUGAGACUCACAAUGACACUCACGGCAGUGCAGUACUAAUCUCCUUUAUCUACUCCGUCGUCUGCUUAGUAGGGCUCUGUGGUAACUCGAUGGUUAUUUAUGUGAUCCUGAGGUAUGCUAAAAUGAAGACGGCUACUAACAUCUAUAUUUUAAACUUGGCUGUCGCAGACGAGCUACUUAUGCUGAGUGUGCCGUUUCUGGUGACUUCUUCGUUGCUGCACCACUGGCCCUUUGGAUCCUUUCUGUGCCGCCUUGUUCUUAGCGUAGAUGCCAUCAAUAUGUUUACUAGUAUAUACUGCCUUACCGUCCUAAGCAUCGACCGUUACAUUGCAGUGGUGCACCCUAUCAAAGCUGCCCGAUACAGGAGACCGACCAUAGCAAAGAUGGUGAACUUGGGGGUGUGGAUGUUCUCCAUAAUGGUCAUAUUGCCCAUAAUAAUUUUUUCUACUACAGCACCCAACUCUGACGGCUCUGUAGCAUGCAACAUGCAGAUGCCAGACCCACAGCGUCAGUGGAUGGCAGUGUUUGUGAUUUAUACAUUUCUGAUGGGGUUUCUGUUCCCUGUGAUCGCAAUAUGCCUGUGUUAUAUUCUUAUUAUUGUUAAAAUGAGAGUGGUUGCCCUCAAAGCAGGCUGGCAGCAGCGCAAGAAGUCUGAAAGAAAAAUCACUCUCAUGGUGAUGAUGGUGGUGACGGUAUUUGUCAUCUGCUGGAUGCCGUUUUACAUUGUCCAGCUGGUGAACGUCUUUGUGCAGCAGCAUAAUGCAACUAUCAGCCAGCUUUCUGUCAUUCUAGGCUAUGCCAACAGCUGUGCCAAUCCUAUACUCUAUGGAUUUCUUUCGGACAAUUUUAAAAGAUCGUUCCAAAGAAUAUUGUGCCUGCGUUGGAUGGACAAUGCAACAGAAGAGCCAAUUGAUUACUAUGCCACUGCUCUCAAAAGUAGAGCUUACAGUGUUGACGAAUUUCAACCAGACAACCUGGAAUCGGACAGCAUGUAUCGAAAUGGUACUUGCGCAUCCAGGACUACAACACUGUGAUGAACGGGAAAUCAUUGACGAGUUUGACAUUGUUUGGGAGGAUUUAACAUAUGUUACAUGAACAAAUUUAACAAACUGACUGUUUUGUGUUUGUGUAGGCUAUUGCUGCUUAUUUUACUGUGUCUGAUGUUGCUUCGAUGUCAUUAAAUUUUGCACCAAUAGAAAUAUUGUGGCUAUUAUCUUUAUUCUUGCGAAUUUAUUAAACUCGUUCUAGUGUUUUAAAACGGGAUGUUAUCCCUUUUCUGGUCUGUGAUAUAUAUAAUGAGAAAAAAGUAUUGUAGGUGGACAUUUAAGUAUUUGAAUGGUUAAAUUGGUUAAAAUGUUAUAGAAGCAUCAAGUGCCUGCAUUAUGCAAAUUAACAACAUUAAUAUAUAAGUAGUAGUAAUUCAUGGCCGAUGUGUGAUUACUGCAAGCCCCGUGUGUACCUAGCAGGGUUUAGGACCCAGAGGAGUCCUGUGGCAGGCAUGCAUUCAGUGCCCAUUCAGUAUACAAAACUCAAUGUUGACAGGUAUGGUAUUAGCAAAUGUAAUCAGUGCAAAACUACCUUUCAAAUGUGCCGUCUAAACUUCAUGUACAGCACAGUCAGCUUUCAAACAGUUUGUUCAUUUAAAAUGUCAACAUGUGCACGCGGGUGCCUGGCAACAUAGAGGAUGCUACAAUGUUCUUUGUACGGCGAUUG